AUGGCGUCCGAGACAUCGGCGGUGUUUGUGACGGUGCGUGUGCGGCCGCUCAACGCACGCGAGUCGCCGCUUGAAUGUGCGGUGACCGUCCUCGACGACCACACCGUCACCCUGAUAGACCUUGCUAACACAGCGAUGAGCGCCAGUAGCAGCAUCAGCGGCCAGCAGCACGUCUUUACGUUUGACAAGAUCUUCUGGAGCGUGCCGCCGGAUGUGUUGCCUUACGACCCUUCAUCGGCGACCCCGGCAACUUCCUCGCCACGUUUGUCGCUUGCAGAGGGCAUGUCACAACCUCUUCUCUCCCGCAGUGCAUCUCUUGUGUCGGGUGGCCAUUUGCCAUGCACCAGGAGCAACAGUCUUGUUAGUAAUUUUCCAGAUACGUCCUCUGUUACCACGUUGCGGGUGCCCUUUAGCGGUUUGCCGUGCUUCGCCCGUGUGCCGGAGUACGAUGACCAGGCAUCCGUCUACGCAUUCAUUGGCCCGCGUUUGUACGAGGCGGUCAUGACCGGGUACAAUGCAUGCCUCUUUGCAUAUGGGCAGACAGGCAGUGGGAAGACGCACAGUUUGCUUGGGCCACCCGAGGAUCACGUGCUGCGUUCCGAGGAGCGCGGCAUUAUUCCACGCCUCUGCGAGGACAUUUUCGAGUUGAUGCGAAAGGAGCGCGAGGAAGAUGAAUCCGUCACGUAUAAUGUGGAGUGCUGUUUUUUAGAAAUUUACUGUGAACGGGUCCGCGAUUUACUGUUCCACAGCAAUGGCGGGGGCAACGCUGGUUUGCGUAGAGAGUCAUCAACCUCUCAAGGCGGUGCAGGGGUCGGCCACUUGCAGCCGCCGUUACGUGUCCGGCAGCACCCGGCACGUGGACCGUACGUGGAGGGCCUCUCACUUGUGAAGGUUCGCGAUGCGGCUAGUGUCAUGCGACAGCUUCUGACCGGUCUGCGUGAGCGCGCGACGUCAUCGACGAAAAUGAACGAGUACAGCAGUCGCAGUCACGCUAUCCUGCAGCUGCACAUCACACGUGUGACAGUAUUGCGGGAGGAAGCCGCGGUGGUGACAAAGACGCGGGUCUGCAAAGUCAGCAUGGUUGACCUCGCCGGGAGUGAGCGGGUCACGCAGUCUGGUGCCACAGGUGAUCGGUUCGAGGAGGCCCGCAAUAUUAACUUGUCUCUCACCACGCUUGGGCGGGUUAUUCUGCAGCUAUCUGAAAAGCAAUCCGGAAAGCAUGUCAUUCCCGCGUACCGCGACAGCGUGCUCACCUGGCUGCUCUCCGACAGCUUGGGUGGCAACAGUAAAACGAUGAUGCUCGCCACCAUCGCGCCCUCAGCCUACUGCUACCAGCAGUCCCUCAACACACUUCGCUUUGCGGGGGUGACAAAGAAGGUGAUCAACGUCGCCACCGUCAACGAGGACCUCCACUUCCAGAAGCUGAUUGCGGCACUGCGGCAGCAAAUUGUGAAGUUGACGUUCCAGCUGGAAGAGGGGAAGGCGGCGGAAGUCCACCACGAGGAGAUUCAAGCGAUGCGUCGCGAAAGGGAUGAGCUUGAGUCCCAGUUGGUCUCCAUGCGGACGACAAUGUCGAAGAUGGUGCCAGUAACUGAGCUGGCGGCGCUUGAGCGACGCGUUGCAGAUCUUGACGAGGCCAACGUGCAGCUCCGCAAGGAGAAGAAUCAGCUGCAGCGACAACUUAUUUCAUCCACGACGGCGCUUCGCGAAGAGUUGGCCCAGCAACGUGGGGAAAUUAUGAGCCUGCACGAGGCGCUACUGCAGAAAGGUGGUGAGCUGGAAGAGUGGAAAAGGCGCCACCGCGAGGAUUCUGUGAGGGCUGGGAUGCCGCCCCCAAAACUGCAACAGCAGGCACAGCCGCAGCCGCAGCCGUCGCAAUAUGUAGCGAGUGCCUCCUCUGCUGAUGCGAAAGCGGGGCCGGACUCGAAGCGUUCAUCGCCCCCAGCUUGGCAGCAGGGCGUUGGUCAUAACGGCCUGGAGUCACCACCGCCGCUUGUGGUUGCGGAGCGGUCAAGCCGCCGCGAGGAGGCGUUGGAGCGUCGCGUUGGUGUGCUCACGAGGGAGGUGAAGGCCGAGCGUCAGCGCGCUGAGGAGGCAGAGCGGGCGCGGAAGAGUUUACAUGCAAAAAUCAGGACGCUGCAGCAGGAGCUGGACGCCGCGGCAGAUGCGUUGAACGAGACGCAGCGGCGCCUCGCGGAGAAGGCGCACUCACUUGAUGUGACGCAGUCCGACUUGGCCGCAACGCGGACGAUGCUGCGUGUGGAGCGCAGCGCCAAGUCGACAGCGGAGCGGGAGAGCGAACUCGUCGCUCAGCUGGAGCAGACCCGCGCCGAGUACUUCAACGAAAAAAGAACCACCGUCGACCUGCUGACGCGUGUGUCGAAUGUUGAACAGCGCAACUUGAAGCUGAAAAAAGAAGUGACGGCAAAGGCAAGGGACAUUCAUGAGCUCGAACAACUUCUUCUUGAGGAGACGGAGACGUCCGAGCGGUACUACCUCCGGCUGCGCUACUAUCGUGACGUCUUCGGUAUGUCAAUGUCGCAUUGGCGCAGGUCUGUCGCCGCGCAUGCAAAACAGGUCGUCACACUCCGCGGCGAUGUGGAGCGUGGUGGGGAUAGGCGCUGUGACGCUGGUAGCCGCGUCGCUGUUGCGGGCAUUGCGUGGGAAGAGGCGGCAUGUGAGUGCGCACGCAGUGAGGCGUAUAGCCGUGCUCUGCUUGAGCAGGAGUGCCUCAACGCCACGUUAGAGCUGCUUGGUCAAAAAACCCUCCUGUAUGAGCUCAUCAUUGGGGCAACAAACAGUGAGCUUCUCACGCUGCGUGCGGUGUCCGCGGAGGCAGACGAAGAGCCACAGCGACUACGGCGCAAAGUAGAGUCGUUGGAGUCGAUCAUUGAGAAGGCGGCCGAGGAGAGGCUCGAGUGGCAGGCAACACUCCAAACCAGCGAGAGCGCGCGCAAGCGCCUCUCGCGGCAGCUGGAGGACCUGACAGACCAGGUGGAGCAGCUGCAGCAGAGUAACAAUGCGCUUAUUGAGAAGCUUGUAGAGGCCCAGUCGUCAGAUGGGUUUCACACACGCGGCGUGCCUAGCAGCGACGGCGACCUGACGCCUAGAGGAGAAGAGGAAGGGCAAGAAGCAGAGGAACUGGAAACGCAACCCGUGCCAACAAAGCAACCACAGCGGCUGCUGCGGUUGAAGCAGCGUCUAGAGAGGCAGGUGACCCAGUAUCAAGAGGAGUUGGGACUGCUGCAUGCGCAGCUGGAGAAGGAGCGAAACGACAGAGUGGAGAGAACCCGAUCCAUGCAGCGCGAGAAGGAGGGUUUUACGCAGGAGUUAAGGCGCGUGCGGAGUGAGUGCAAUGCGUCCAUAAAGGAAAGCAGGCAGAUUGUGAAGGACUACGAGACACGUGUAAAUGAAUUACAGGAGUUGAUUACUACACUGCGCGCGGCGCUUGAGGAAGAAUGUAACAAUGCCGACAGAGCGAGGGAUGGGAUGGUGCGAGCGGAACUAUCGAAGCGGGAAACGAUGGAAGAGCUGCGACGCGUGACCGCCUCGCGGGAUGCGCUUGAGAUGAGCCGCGAUGACGCCGAGCGACGCUUUAAUGAAUUACAUGCGCAUGUGCAGGAGCUACAGAUGGCCUAUUACGAAUUGGAGAGGCAACUCGCCGGGAUGACGCUUCCCACCGCGGAUGUCUACCUUACCAUCGACCGCGGGGCUGACGGUAGUGGCGACGGCGAGGACAGCUGGAUGCAGAAGGCGCAGCGCGAGAAGGCGGUGCUGGAGCGACAGAAGCAGAGUGUGCAGCGCCUAAAUCAGGAGCUGCUGGCGACGGUGCGACAACGCAACGAGUCCCUGCGGGCGGUGCUCCGGCAAAUCACGAAGAUGCAGCGCGGCGGUGUCUCGCCGGAGAUGGAAGACAUGCCAGGCGCAACGGACAACAGUCCGCUUUCGGAGCAGUUUAAGUUCCAGUAG